CAAAUCUCUCUCUUCAGCUCCCUUUCCCUCUCCCAACAUUGGAGAAGAAGAACGUGAUUUGUAAUCAGUUCGGAGAAGAAGAUCGCGAUCUGGUGGGCGGGUGUUACCCUACAUUUAGAUCUCUUUUUUCUCAUCCCACUCUGUCUCUCAUCUCCUUCUCUCGCUCUCAUCUCUUUCGGAAAAGGGAGCCGAUACCAAAUCCGAGCUCCCUCUCGCCUCUCCCAAUCAUCCUCCGCGCUCUAUCCUUUCCUUGAACGAAUGAAAGCAUGGAAUAAAAGGUGCAAUCAAUUCCCUCCGAAAGAAAGUGACGCUGACGACGAAAAUCAUGAUGGCCUCGGCGGUGAAGGUCAAAGUGGAGAAGGGGAAAAGAGUCGUUCGACGAUCAACUCCCCUGCGAUUGCCGCAUGCAGGUUGAGGUUUUGCAGGCAAAAAGGACAGUCGCCGAUAGGGAAGGUUUACCUCCUCUGGUAUUUCCUCCUUUCUUAGCAGCAAGGUUCAGUUCAUGUCAGCCGCUAAUGUGCUUUCAAUUAGUGUUUGAGUUCUUUGUUCCCUGCUUGUGCGAUGCUUAUUUUUAGAUCUGUGAACAUGUGGUUUCAUAUGCUCUGGUGUUGAAUUGGUUCCAUGUAUGUCAUGUAGAAUAGGAGGGCCACUUACUUGAUGUUUAAUUAAUUGCAAUAUUAGUAUGAAGACUUCUCUCUUUGUUGUUUAUCUGUUGAAGCUGG